CAACAUAUCGUAAAUGCAGCGUCAUCCCGGUGUAUAUCACUGCUGGGGUGAUACCCAUUACCCCUUAUCUACCUAAGCCCUGCCCUCGGUAUUUGGGUGGAGCUUCAUUUUUAGAUUUGCAACUCUCUUUGAAAUGCCAAUCUUUGCAUUUGCCUAAAUAAGCACAGUGAAACCAUGUCAAGCUAGCUCGAUAUGGUCUGUUGUUAAUCCGUACUGCCCACUGCCGUCCCAUCUACCCAUCUCAGUUGGGACGACUCGAGUACUUUGUUCCUUCGUAGAAUUACAACAAUCACCUGCCAAAACCUGGACACCAAGACGUAGAGCAGUGGAACCGGAAAUUCAAAUGAAGAGUGUACAGUUCAUUAAUUUCGCAGGGCCAGAAAAGCCGAGAACCAGUUCCGACAAGAGAACGACAAGAUCACAGGCUGCUAAAGCGGCCCAUGCGAAGGUACGGCGGCAGCGGAUGCAUGAGUACCAAACCCAAGGGAACCGUUCCAAGCAUAGCUACGAUGACAACCAUCCCAAUCAGGGACUUUCAAUUGGCUUUGCAAGCUGCACGGUUGAAAAUAUAUACCAUCAAGAGAUUCUCUUCGCUUUGCCGAGCAACAAUCAUUCGGACCCUUUCGAUAGUUUCUGCAAAACCCUCUCUCUCGACGAGCGUCGCUUGUUUGACCACUAUUUUCGAGUAGUAGUGCCUUUAGAAACGCGCCACGGUCCACCAUUCUCAGAUCCUGAACUUUACUUGAAGUGCAUAGCUACACAAUGGGUGCCUACAGCAAUUGGGGACGAAGGAAUGUUGAGUGGCGUGCUUCUGUAUGCCUGUCGUAGCCUUUUCAUAUUGACGGGCAACAAGCGAUACUACCAGAUGGCUUUAUACUACAAAAUGAGAUGUUUAAGACUGGUCAAUGAUGCCAUAUCAGCAUUGGCAACUGAACCUAAGCUCGUCGAGACUACAAUACCGAGGGUACUGCAGUUGGCUUCGGAUGAGCUCGCUAUGGGAGACACUGCAACCUGCAAGCACCACAUGGAUGCUGUAGUGCGACUAGUGAAGUUGCAAGGAGGCAUGUCCAAACUGAACUCAAUGAAUGGGUUUUUAAGGCAGAUGGUUGCCGUAUUUGCGGGCCCAAAGCGAAUACAGGAUAUAUCCCGUUGGUUGCCAGACGCUGAUCACACCACAAAAAGCGAGUGCAUAGUACCGCCACUCUAUGCCAGUUGGCAGAUCAUGUCCAAUCACCUCAAAUUCUCAGGACGAGAAAGUACUCUGGUUGACUAACAUAAUCGAUCAAUCAAGAGAAUAUUGCGGGCACGCUUGGAAGCCCAACAUGGACUACGUACUGCGGGGUUAUUGCGCAUCGCCAUGAUACUUGAAAUGCCAAGCUUUGCAUUUACUCGAUUAGGAUCAUAGCACCAGUCAGAGUCGCGACCUAGCAACCUUACGACAAUGAUACAUCAUUCCAGAAUAGGCUGCCAUUCAUGCAUUCAACUCCGGUCAA